AUUUGACAGUUCACCGCGUCUAACAGCUGUUUUACCAGUCGUGAAGUAUAAUAUUUAAAUUUAGUGACCGCACGUGUUUAUUUAUUAGAAGGAAAUUGUACUGUUUUUAGGCCAUUCUAACAAUGGAAGAAGACGCAACCGUUAAAGCGCCUGUUACCCCUUUGCGGCGCAGACUCUCUAUUGAACAGACUGAGGACACCAGAUCACCUUCUACUCCAUUAACAACACCAACUAAGAAAAGAGGUGGUCGACUAGCUACAAAACCACAGUUGGACUUAAUUGAUGAAAAUGCUUCAGAUAAUACUCCUAAAAAAGGAACAAAGAAAGCCACUGUAAAAGACAUAGAAGAAGAGAAGCCCCUCACACCAUCUAGGCGCAGUGCACGAAUCAAGUCUAACACUAGUCUAAUCUUAGAUACACCUCAAGCUCAAGAUUCUCCAAGAGCCAAAAGAGCUGCUAGAAGAACCUCACAAAUUGGAAGUGAUAGUGAAACUCUUACACCGGCAAGACAAACAAGGAAAACAAGGAAGGAUUCAUCAUCAAGCAUUGAUAAACAAGAUGCAGUUUUGACUGGUAAAACAACGGCCAUAACAGAACCUAUAGUUGAAGAGACAGAAACAAAUGACAAAAAUGCAAAUACUUAUAAGGGAGGCACAGAAAAAAAUAAACCAAUUCGUGCAAGUCCCAGAACCAAAAGUAAAGCUGAACAAAAUGGCCCCAAUAACAAUGUUAAUUCUGAGACUAACAAUACCUCUCAUGAAGUUGAAAGAAAACAGAAUAGUCACUUAAAAAAAUUAAAUGACCUACCUAUUGAUAAAGAACCUGUUGUUAUAUUAAACUCCUUAAUCUUGCAAAAAAAUAGUACUGAAGAUACUGCAAAAUUACCCAAUCACAAAAAUUCAGUAGAAACAAAUGAAGACUUUCAUACAGUUAACAAAUUUGGCGAGUCGUCUAUUGACAAUAAUUUCCAAAUUAGCUUAGUUAAUAAGGACAAAUCGAAAACACUAAAUAAUGACAAUAGUCAAGUAUCAAGUACUCUGACCAACAAAAACGACAAUGAAAAAUUAAAACUAUCAGAGUCAAAUGCAAACUUAAUUAAUAAAUUAGAUCAUAAACCAAAAAAUGUUCCUGGUAUGAAUAAAAGUACUUCAAACAUUGCAGACAGUAACAAUGUAAAAAAUAAAAGAUACAGAACUAAAUCAUGGACAAAUCUAUCAUCGACAUCAUUAACCCAAAACCCUAUUGACUUUAAUAGUGACAAUGAGAUAAUUAAAAAAAAUAAAAAAACCAAAAAUUCAUAUAAUAUACACAACAUGUCUGAAAACAUUGAUUCUCUUGGUAACAACAUACUAAACAAAUAUAAAGAGGAAAAUGAUACAAACAAGUCAGAUAUUUUAAAUUCUUCAUCCUCCAAAAAAAUAAAGAGAAUUACUGAACUAUCAGUCUCAAAAGAUAAAGAAUUAACAGUUAGAUCUACUAUUACAACAAUAUCUAAUGAAGAAAAUUCCACUGUAGGUAAAGUGGAAUAUUUUAAUAAUGAAAAUAACAAAAAUAACUUGAGUAAUUCCCAGAAUAAUAAAAGCACAGAUACAAAUGUCUUGGAAAAAGGACCAGUUUCUGUCAUACAAUCCAUUGUGUAUUUUGAAGACUCUGAUACUGAUAGUAAGGGAAAAUCAAUUAAAAACCAGUUAUCUGAUAAUGAAGAUCAAUGUGUUCCAGUAAUAAAUAACAAUUUUGUAAUAAAUAACUCAUUAAAAUCACCUGCUAUUGAUAUAACAGGACGAAAAACGGAUCAAUCACUUAAAAUAGCUACUGAAAAUCCUGGUUUCAGUACUAGCUGUGAACCCAUGGAUAUUGACGAAACUAUUCCGAGUAAUACAUCGAUAAUUGAUGAUUCUAAUCAGAUGGUGAUUAAUGACAAAGAUACAAAUUCAAACAAGGAACAACAAACAUCCCAAGAAAAUAAGAGCUUAAAUAUACCGAAAAAAACAUCUAUGUCUCCUUCAAAAUCACUAAAUUUGGAAAAAACACAUAAUGAAACCAAAAGUACUCUUAUAUUAUCUCAAUUAAAGGACGAGUCAUCGUCAGAAAAUAGUGUGGCGAAGUCCCCAAUAUGCCAUAUCAAUGAAAUUAUGUCUAAGUCUUUUAAUAAUGUUGAAGGUAAAGAUAACAAAAAUGCCAAAAAAAAGAAUUCGCUUGAUUAUUCAACUAGUACACCAUUACAACAAAAAACUUUAAAGAAAUUAACAAUGCAAAUUAAUACUUCAGAAAUAAAUGAUUCUAACACUGAAGUAAAGCAAACUAAUUCAUAUAAUGAAGGUAAACAUACAACAUCUGCAGAAUCAAAUAAAUCCAAAAACCUUGAUAUUGCACAGGAUAAUUCUAAUUCGGAAGAAGAAUCUUAUUCAGAAGAAGAAUCCAUUCCACAAAAAGAAUCAUCUAAGGAAUCAACAUCUAUUCUUGACGACGAAGCUGAAGAAGCUAGUGACGAUUAUGAGUCAGGAGAUAGUAGAGAUGAUGACGAGAGACAAUAUGAAAAAGAAAAUGAAAUUUUAGAAAAAGGCGAAACCUUAGAUUCUGAGGAUGAAGUUACAGAUGAUAGUGACUAUGAAAAAGACUCUUUUGUUGUUAGUACUGAUGAAGAUGAUAAUGAAUUACUAGAUGGAUCUGGUGAUGAUCUUUCAAUGAGUGAUAAUGAACUUACUAUGAGUAAAAAGUCGAAGAAAAAAUAUAACGAAAGAAAAAAUAAAGAACAAAAACUUGCCUCAAGAGAAAUGUUUGAAGCUCGUCAUAAUAUAUCAAAAUCAGAAAAGUUGAAAUCUAAACCAAAGAACCGACAACGUUUAGACUCCUCCAAUAUAGAUUCUGACGAAGAAGUUAUAGCAGUCUCUAAAAACCAUAAAAGGAAUAGAUUACAUUCUACACAAGAAUUGGAAACGGACAAAUUGCAAAUCACGAAAGAUAGACAAUUAUCAGACUCUGUGUUAAAUGUUAGUGCAAAUAAAGAAACAGAAAUUUCGUUGCAAGAUAAUGAGAAUAUAUUCAGCAUAGAAGAUCCUCUGUCAAUGCAAGUAAAAUCUGAGCCUAAAACUCCUCAAAAGGAAUUAGAAAUAACUACGGUUCCUAUUGCUGACGAUAUUGAAGAAAUAGAUGUUAAUGACAAUUUGUCGAUAAGGAAUACUAGUAAUGAAUCAUCUGAUCCCUUGCAAAAUGAAAAACUUGAUGAAAAUGACUCUUUAAGUGAAAAUGAAGAGAUAGUAGAAAAUUAUGAUUCAGUCUUAAAAGAUCUGAAUAAUAUAAAUAGUAAAAAAAUUAAAAUGGUUGACACAUCACUGGACUCUAAUGUAAAAAGUAAUAAAAAAUGUAAAAGUAAUGAACCAAUUAUAGAUCAGCUUAAUCUUACUCAAACUAAGAAAUGCAAGAAAGAUAGAAAAAAAUCAAUAUCAAAUAUUGAGAAUUCCAAAGAAACUAAAAAAACUGAAGACAAUAGAAAAUCAAACAAGCCAGCUGUCGGUGACGAUGAUUCAUCUGAUUCAAUAGACUUGCAUUUGCUAUUUUCUGAAGAUAGUAUGGAUAGUGUAAACAAAAAUACUGAAGACAAAAAUAAAAAAGAUUUCAUACCUUUAAAGAAAUCAGAAGGAAACACGAACAUUCCAAAUGAUAUUUCCGUAACUACAGAACACAACAGUUCCAUGAACAAAGAAAAAACUAAAAAACACAUAUCUUCAUUAUGUCUAUCUAACAAGAAACGAUUUGAAAACAAUCAAGAAAAUAUUGAGGAGUUACCUAUAUUUGUUGAUACUAUUGGAGCUCGAGGAGACACUGACUUGUCUGGGAACAUGUCCUUAAAUACCAGUAAAAGUAAAAAGAACAAAAAGGAUAAAUAUCAGGCUGUAGAUAAUGAAAUAGAAGCACAAUAUACAAAUAAUGAUACAUCUAAUUUAGAGAACAAUGAAAUGUCUAUAAAUAUUUCACUGAAUACCAGCAAAAAGAAAAAGAAGAAACACAAUAAAUCUUCUAACAGUGAAUCAGAACCAGUAGAAGAAAACAAUCAAGAAAAUAUUGAGGAGUUACCUAUAUUUGUUGAUACUAUUGGAGCUCGAGGAGACACUGACUUGUCUGGGAACAUGUCCUUAAAUACCAGUAAAAGUAAAAAGAACAAAAAGGGAAAACAUCAGACUGUGGAUAACGAAAUAGAAGCACAAUAUACAUCUAAUUUAGAGAACAAUGAAAUGUCUAUAAAUAUUUCACUGAAUACCAGCAAAAAGAAAAAGAAGAAACACAAUAAAUCUUCUAACAGUGAAUCAGAACCAGUAGAAGCAAUUGAAAACAUGUCCAAGGUACUUAACUCGACUGCACCACACGAAUCUUUGAACAUAUCAUCAGAGGCUAGUGUAAAGAAGAAGAAUAAAAAGAAACAUAAAACAUCUACACUUAAUACUUCCCAACAAGUCCCUGUAGAAGAGGAUAUCCUGGUGGCACCGGAAGCACCUUGUAACACUACACUCAAUACAAGCACAAAGAAAAAGAAAAAUAAAAAAAAGCAAAACACUUCCGCCACCGAUGAUACUAUUACGCCACAAAAUACAGUACAAGAUGCCCAAAUUAAUGACGACGCUCCCACAGAAGUGCCUUUCCAAAGUCAUAAAAAUGCUCAAAGUCAUAAUGACGUAGAGACUGCUGUAAAUAACAAAGGAACCUUCAAAGAGGAUACUUUAAAUAUGAAACAUGACAAGUCCUUAACUAAAGCUAACCUGAACAGUUCUUUGGGAAGUAAAAAGAAGGGGAAAUUGAAAGCAGACGCGGUCCCCGAAAUGACAGAAGAUAUAAUUACACUUAGUGGUAAUGCUGAAGAGGUAGAAAUUCUGAAGAAACGUAAACGAAAAUUGUCCGCUUCAACGAAUCCUGAUGAAGACACUGAAAAAGAUGACCUAAAACGAUUGGAUGCAUCUGAAGUUUCAAAUGAACCAUUGGUAAAAAAUCAAAUUAAAAAACGCAAAUUAUACCACGUAGAGGACGGUAAUAAUGAAAAAGAAAAAUCUCAAAAAAAAGGUAACAAAAAACGUAAAGAAAGGGAUGAUGAUGAAGAAAAUACAACCUCCAAGAUAUUCAAGAAUAAUUCAUUUGAGAAAGUCAGUGUACCACGUCUACCUUCAGCUCUUCUCAGUCAAUUAGAUGACAAACCCAAAAAGGAGAUACUUGACAUAAAGAAAUCAAAAAUUAUAUCAACAACACAAUUUAAAGUAGAAGAUGUAAGAAAGAGAAGAAAUAAACCAUCCAACUAUUUGGAAGAGAGUGUGUAUUUAAAUGAUGCAAAUGAAAAAAAGAAACAAAAAGGAAAUAUCAAAAUUCCCAAAGUUCUCCCUUUUGUACCUACAGUUUCAACAUCGGGCAACGGUUUUACUACUAACUUUCAAAUCAGCGUAAUACCGAAGGAGACCAAAUUUAUUGCUCAAACAGAGAAUAUUCCAAGUUUUAAAAGAGAAUAUUUGUAUAAUAAAAAGAUUAAAAGACUGGGCACUUAUGAACUGUAUAAAAGACAAAGAAAUAUGAAAAUAUCCAAAUUUUAAUCGCACGUUUUUUUUUUUGUGUAGUUAUUAUUAUGAUAAUUUUGUUGUCCAGACUAUUUCCGCCUAGUUUUGUUUUGUAUUCAAUGUUCCGUUUGUUGUUUGUAUACCUUAUUAACACAAUGAAAAUUCAUUGAUAUUUUCAUCAUCGUGAAUAAUAUUCACGCGGAACAAAAAGAGCUCACAAAUACUCAUAAAUUAAAUCACUAUGUUUGUUAUAUAGAUAUAAGAAAGCGUACUUUUCAUUACACUUAAGCUUCACCUUUAUAAUUAAUUAUUUAAGAUAUUUCACAAGUUACUAAAUCACCUUUCAUAAAAUAUCUAUUAAUAUCACUUUUAUACAUUUCAAUAUUUAAUAUGGAUGGAAUAUAGAAACGGACAAAAUAAAUUGGAUGUUAUUCAUAUAAAAUUGUAUACAUAAAUACUCUUUCAACUAAUUCAAUUAUUUAUUAUUAUUUUCUUUAUUAAUUUAACAUUUGCAUAUUAGUAUUGCGUAUAUUUUCUAGAAUGUAUCAUGCCUUAAUUGUUAAAUGUGAAGUUGUUUGUAUAGAUCGUAUAAAAUUUGUUUUAAUUGAAUUGUUUUUGAUCAUACAUAGCACAUUAAAAAUUGGAUGUCUUGAAACAGUUAAAACGUUUGAUUUUAUUAUUUGAAUUGUCUUUUUUUUAUGAUUAUUUUGCUUAUUUGUGUUACGAUAUAGAGACUAUCCAAAUUACAUUUAAAUGCUAUUUAAUAUUAAUCUAGUGUUAAUUUGUUAUAAAUUGGGAUUUUAAGAGUUCAAAUUUUACCGCUUUAAGACGAUAAGUUACUAAAAUCGCUACCAGUUGGCGCUUGCAUCGUUAAAAAGUGGUAUUAUCCAUGUGCCUUUUAUUUACUUAGUUUCAGAUUAAAACUUUCAUUAUUUUGAUAUUUCAUUCAAUAAACGUAAUCCUUAAACGAA